AAUUGCUUUGCUCCGCAAGCUUUACUCAAUGAGUUCAAUGUUUAUGAUCAUCUUAUUGUCACCGACGUGGAUGAACAUGUGGUCAAGUGGAAGGAAUCUGGACAUCCUUUGAGUGAAACCAAAGCUGAGAUUCAUAGAUUCAUGCAAGCCUGUCAUGAAGUUCAGCGACGGAUACCAAACCUGAUGAUUUUGAGGAUGUAUGAAGUCUCUAACUCCAAGACUAUAUUGGAGCUAGAGGCAAAGGCUGAAAAGCUUAAGAUGUCAAUGCUUAAUGAUGUGGCAUAUGAAGCACACGAACAGAACACAUCCAUGGUCGAUGCAUUUGAGAAGAUCCUAUCCAAACUCCAGGAGACUCCCGAGAAUCCUGAGCAGCUGGCGAAAUUGCAGGAGUAUGUGAUAACGUGUGAAGCAGAGAUGCAUGAACUCACCGUUGAGAUCUCAAGAGCAAGAGAAAAGCUCGAUGUGUUAGAAUUAUUUGCAUACGAUGUCGACUCUGAAGAUCUUGCUCUGUAUUGGAAUGCCUUCAAGCAGCCAAAGGUUCUAAAUCAGACCAGAAAAGAUGCCGUGCCACGACAUGAAGACGAAAGCUUUAAAUUCAAGACCAAGCUGGAAAACACUAAGGUUGAAUUCCAGAAGGAUCUUUUGUCAAUUGAGGCGGACAUUAAUCGAUUUUUCUCUUACAAUGACUUGGAACAAGCUGAAGAGUAUGCUGGUCAAGUUAUGUUGUUGAAUCAAAGGUUGAUUGAAGCUAAAGAGACAGCUGAACUGAUAAAUUCUCGUGAGAAAUUGUUUGAAUAUUCACAGACAAGUUACCUCGAAAUAGACAACCUGUCAUCUACGUUCAAACCAUAUGCAGAAUUGUGGUCCAUCUCAGCAGACUUCCAAAAAGGAUUUCCGAAUUGGAUGUAUGGCUCAUUCAACCAACUUGAUGCUGAGAGCAUUGAAAUGAAUGUCAAUUCUUGGUGGAAAUUUUCUGUCAAGGCAGAGAAAAUAUUCGAAGGCAAGCCUGAACCCCAGUCCGUUGCUGCCCUUCUCAGAGAAAAACUAGAGAACUUCCGACCAUAUCUUCCUCUAAUUGCUGCACUCCGCAACCCGGGAAUGAGAGAAAGGCAUUGGACUAAAUUGAGCCAAGAAGUUGGGAAGGAGAUUGUUCCAGACGUAUCUCUGACUUUGAAGUUUUUGCUUGAAAUGGAAAUAGACAAACACGAGCAAUUUGUGGUAACUUUGUCAGAACAGGCUGCCAAAGAGUAUGGAUUUGAGAGAGCAUUGGACAAGAUGAAAACUGAAUGGAAAGAUUUAGAAUUUGAAUUCUCUCCCUACAAAGACACUGGCACUUACGUUCUGAAAGGAAUUGAAGAAACAGUCAUGCUUUUGGAUGAUCAAAUCGUCAAAGUUCAAUCCAUGCGUGGAUCCCCUUAUGCUAAGCCACUUGAAGCUGUUGUGAUUGAAUGGAGCAAUCGUUUGGUAUACAUGCAAGACGUUUUAGAAGAAUGGAUUAAGUUUCAAAAGACAUGGUUGUAUCUGGAACCGAUUUUCGCCUCGCCAGACAUCAUGAGACAGAUGCCAACGGAGGGUCGUCGAUUUCAAAAGGUGGACCAGCUCUGGCGGCAGACCAUGCAAGCUGGUGCGGAAGCGCCUGCAGUCUUGCAAGUAAUGAAUAUUGACAAUCUAAAGAAUCAUUUCAUAGACGCAAACAAGACGUUAGAUAUUGUCCAAAAAGGAUUGAAUGAUUACCUUGAAACGAAGAGAAGUGCGUUUCCCAGGUUUUACUUUCUCAGCAAUGAUGAACUUUUGGAUAUCUUGUCAGAAACCAAAGAUCCACGAAGAGUCGUACCGCAUCUUCCAAAGAUUUUCGAAGCAAUAUGUGGUGUUGAAAUGAAAGGCAAGACAGAGGUCGAACAAGCUGAAGGAGGAGCAAUGCUGGAUAUUAUCUCAAUCAUUUCUGGCGAAGGUGAAGUGGUUCAACUUACUUCUGAAUGUCCCGUACAGCCAGAUGCGGAAAGAAAUAGGGGCAACGUUGAAAGAUGGCUGCUGGAGUUAGAGUCUUCAAUGAGGAAGUCCUUGAAGAACAUAGGAAGAAGUGCUAUUGCUGAAUACGCCAAUGCAGUACGUACAUCAUUUGUUCAGGAAAUGACUGGUAUGAUUGUGCUAGCCGUUGACUGUCUAUAUUGGACAAAGGACAUUGAAUCUGCGAUGAUUUCACAAGGCAAGAACGGUGUGAAGGAAGUUGAAACCAAGAUGAUUCAGGAACUUACAGAGAUUGUUGAGCUCGUUCGGGGUGACAUGUCCAAGCAAGCCCGGCUUAUUGUUGGUGCCAUGGUGGUUCUCGACGUGCACAACAAAGAUGUAACCAGCACUCUGGUGACGAAUGGUGUUUCUUCUAUCCAUGAAUUUGACUGGAAUUCCCAACUGAGAUAUUACGAGGAGCCAUUAGAAGGAGAAGAUGUGAUCCUGACGAAGAUGAUGAACGCGACCCUCCCUUACAGUUACGAAUACCUCGGGAACUCCAUGCGCUUGGUCGUCACGCCUCUAACCGAUCGAUGCUACCGCACGUUGAUGGGAGCUCUUCAUCUCAGCCUUGGCGGAGCUCCGGAGGGCCCAGCGGGUACUGGGAAGACAGAAACUGUCAAAGAUCUGUCCAAGGCUGUUGCAAAGCAGUGCGUUGUUUUCAAUUGUUCGGACGGUCUAGAUUACCUGGCAAUGGCCAAGUUUUUCAAAGGCUUGGCCAGUUGUGGCGCAUGGGCUUGUUUCGACGAAUUCAAUCGAAUCGAUCUAGAAGUGCUUUCAGUGAUUGCUCAACAGAUUUUGACUUUGAGUGACGGCUUGCGAAGGGGAUUGAGCCGCAUCGUGUUUGAGGGAAGCGAUAUUCCCCUGGUGAAAGGAUUUUCUUCAUUCAUCACAAUGAACCCAGGAUAUGCCGGGAGAAGUGAACUUCCAGAUAAUUUGAAAGCUUUGUUUCGUCCUUGUGCAAUGAUGGUUCCUGAUUAUGCCAUGAUAUCAGAAAUUUGCUUGUACUCUUAUGGAUUCACAGAUGCAAGAGAUCUCGCAAGAAAGUUGGUGAAGUCUCUCCAGAUCUCAAGCGAACAGCUAUCCUCGCAGGUGCAUUACGAUUUUGGUAUGCGAGCAGUGAAGUCGAUUCUUACUGCUGCUGGGCAACUGAAGCGUCAAUUUUUGGACGAGAAGGAAGAUAUUAUUGUGUUGCGAGCCAUCAAUGAUGUAAACCUGCCAAAGUUUACAGAUGCAGAUUUACCAUUAUUCCGUGGCAUUACAUCUGAUUUAUUCCUUGGUAUUGUAACCCCGACACCUGACUAUGACAUGUUGAAGGCAGGAUUGGUUCAAGCAUGCUCAGAACUGACCCAUUUCUUGAAUGUGCAGCCUACGGAGACUUUGCUCGCAAAAUGCAUUCAGUUGUACGAGACCAUAACAGUUCGACAUAGUUUGAUGGUUGUUGGUCUUGCUAUGUCGAUGAAAACGACUGUCUUCAAGGUUCUUGAGUAUGGGAUGAACAACGUCAAGGAUAAGAAACACUACGAGGACGUUACCAUGUUCAGUCUGAACCCCAAAGCAAUCACGAUUGAUCAGAUAUACGGAAACUUCGAUCCAGUCACUCGAGAAUGGGUGGAGGGUAUUGGAGCUUCACUAGUCAGAAAAUGUGCACAGAUGGACUUUGAUCCUGAGCUGAGAGUAAAGCGCAAAUGGAUUUUGUUCGAUGGACCUGUCGAUGCCAUUUGGAUUGAAAACAUGAAUACAGUGAUGGAUGACAAUAAGAAAUUGUGUCUCAACAGUGGUGAGAUCAUCAAGCUUACUCCAACUAUGACUAUGAUGUUUGAGCCCGAAGACUUGGCGGUAGCCUCUCCUGCAACGGUCAGUCGAAACGGAAUGGUAUUGAUGGAGCCACACAUGCUGGAUUGGCAGUCUAUACUCGAAUCUUGGCUUGAGUCCCUGCCAACACAUCUCGAUGCCUUCAAGCCUAAUAUAAAACAGUUGUUCAACUAUUUCAUUCCUCCUUUACUUGUGACGCUGAAAAAAGAAUGCAAGCAACCUGUUUCCACCAAGAAUUCUGAAUUAGUAUUGAGUUUGAUCAAAUUGCUGAAAUCUCAUCUGUCAGAACUUUUUGAAGAAGACAAUUUCAAAAAAUUGGCAGAAAUUGCUAAGAAAAUUGAUGGCGGAUUCCUCCUUUCUCUGAUUUGGUCACUAGGUUGUGUAACUGAUGAGAUAGGAAGGGCAAAGUUCGAUCAGAGUCUGAGAGCCUUGAUUUCCGCACCAGAUACUGUCAAGUUGUCUUGUCCACCGCCAGACAAAGGUCAAGUCUAUGAUUGUGCUUGGGAUGCUGCAACCUGCAAAUGGAAAGGCUGGUUAGAUACCAUUCCCCACUUUGCCAUUACAGCUGACAAGAAGUUUCAAGACAUUCUUGUCCCUACGAUAGAUACCUUGCGGUAUGGAUAUAUCAUUCAAACCCAAUUAAGACAUGAUUAUCCAGUCCUGUUAUGUGGUGACACGGGUACUGGAAAGUCUGUGAUGGUAAAAGAUAUCCUGAUGCGAGGAAUGGGUGAAACAUUUUUAUCCCACUUCAUGAAUUUUUCGGCAAACUCAAAAGCAAAUCAAACUCAAGACAUUAUCGAUGGCAAAGUUGAUAAACGGAGGAAAGGCGUCUAUGGUCCACCACUUGGGAAGAAAUUGAUUAUUUUCGUGGAUGAUUUGAAUAUGCCUGCAAAGGAAAAGUAUGGAGCUCAGCCGCCCAUUGAGAUCUUGCGCCAGCAUAUGCAUUGGGGAGGAUGGUGGGAUAGAAAGGAAAUCGAAUGGAAACAGCUCGUUGACAUCGUUUACAUCGCUGCGAUGGGUCUUCCUGGGGGCAGCAGGACAGACAUAACAUGUCGCUACACACGAUGGUAUAACAUCAUCAUAGUGACCCCCUUCGACGAUGAGGGAAUGACGAGAAUUUUCACUACGAUUUUGAGCUGGUGGUGCCAGAAUGUGUGCACGUCAGUAUCGUCAUCAAUCACCACUCACAUUGUUUCUGCUACCCUUCAAGUGUUCAAGAACAUAUCGGAAGGGCUUUUACCCACCCCUUCCAAGUCGCAUUACACUUUUAACUUGAGGGACCUGUCAAAGGUCAUCCAAGGAAUCAUGACAGUGAACAGUGAAAGCAUCAAGGGAGCCGACGAUUUGUAUCGUGCGUGGAUCCACGAGAGUAGAAGAAUAUUCCAGGAUCGCCUGAUUGAUUCUGCAGACAAGGAGUGGUUUGACAAGAUGCAAAGCACCGUCGUUCAAGAGAACUUCAAGACCCAGAUCGCUUCCAUAGUUGGACAGGGCGCUGAUGGAAAUGGUCUUCUCUUGUACUCUGACUUCAUGUUAGAUGGAAAGAGAAGCCAGCUGGAUUAUGAGCAGAGGAAAUACACACAAGUCGUGGACAUCACCCUUGCAACUGCUGUCGUGGAAGAGUUCCUCGAAGAUUACAAUCUGAUGUCAAACAAGCCUAUGAACUUGGUUCUUUUUGGAUACGUUAUUGAGCAUAUUUGCCGUCUGUGUCGAAUCUUCAGGCAACCUGGGGGCCAUGCCCUCCUUGUUGGAGUUGGAGGGAGCGGGAGGCAGUCGCUUACUCGCCUUGCAGCAUCUAUCGGAGAGUUCUGGCUGUUCAACAUUGAAAUAUCGAAGAAUUACGAUAAGGCAGCUUGGCUUGAGGAUCUUAAGGUUCUUUUCAAGAAGGCAGGUUGCGAGAACCAUCGAGCAGUCUUUUUAUUCACAGACACUCAGAUAGUUGUUGAGUCCAUGCUUGAAGACAUCAACAAUAUUCUCAACACAGGCUCAGUGCCUAACCUCUUUCCAGCAGAUGAGAUGAUGCAGGUUCUUGACGCGGUGGCUCCACGAGCAAAGGCUGCAGGCCGUGGCCUCACUAUGACAGACUCCAUCGAGUUCUUCAUCGAGGAGUGCAAGCAGAACAUGCACAUCGUUAUCUGUAUGAGCCCCAUAGGAUCGGGUCUCCGUGACAGGCUCAGGCAGUUCCCGUCGCUUGUGAACUGCUGUACUAUCGAUUGGUACUUUCCUUGGCCAGAAGAUGGCCUGAUCGCUGUUGCUCAAAAGUCUUUAGAAGGAAUAGGGCUUGAGAAUGAUAUUCUACGACCUGUCAUUGAUCAAUGCAUGCAAUUUCAAGUUCAGGCGCAAUCUUUGAGCAAGAGGUACCUGGCAGAAGUGAACCGAUACAAUUACGUGACUCCUACAAGUUAUUUGGAGUUGAUAUCGACAUUCAAAAGCCUGUUGAACGUGAAAAAAGAAGAGGUAGGUUACCAAAAGGGCAGGUACGAGAUUGGAUUGAAUAAGUUGCUUGCAUGCGCCGAGAAUGUUUCGCAAAUGGAGGAAGAACUUACAGCUUUGCAACCCAUCCUGGCAAGCAAGACGAAGGAAGUAGAAGAUCUGAUAGUCGUGUUGGACAAGGAAUCGGCUGAGGCUGCUGUCACCAAGGAAAAGUGUGCUGCAGACGAAGCAGUUGCGAAGACAGAAGCAGAAAAGACUAAUGAGAUGAAAGCAUCUUGCGAAAACGAUUUAGCUGAAGCUCUUCCAGCCCUGGAUGCUGCCCUCCAGGCUUUGAAAUCUCUCACCAAGAACGACAUCACAGAGAUGAAGUCUAUGAAAAAUCCGCCAAAGGGAGUGAAAUUAGUCAUGGAGGGGGUAUGCAUCAUGCUCCAAAUCAAACCUGACAAGGUUAUGUCCGAAGAUGGGAAAACCAAAAUCGACGAUUAUUGGAAGCCGUCUCAAAAACUGCUGGGAGAGCCGAAUUUCAUGCAGCAGCUGAUCGAGUAUGACAAAGACAACAUCCCCCCAGCUGUGAUCGCAAAGAUCAAGACCUACAUCGCUUUACCAGACUUCAUGCCCAACGUCAUCGAGAAGCAAAGCAAGGCUGCUACCGGGCUUUGCAAGUGGGUCAGAGCGAUGGAGGUAUACGACAAGGUUGCGAAGGUAGUGGAACCCAAACGUAUCGCCUUGAAGGAAGCUCAAGAUGCCCUCGCCAUCAUGAUGGCAGACCUGCAUGAGAAACAAGAUGCUCUCCGACAGGUGCUCGACAAGAUUGCAAAGCUCGAGGCGGAUUUUAAGGCUGCGAAUGAAGAGAAAGUAAGCUUAGCAAACCAGGUGGACUUGUGUGAGAAGAAACUGGUGCGAGCCGGUAAAUUGAUUUCUGGUUUGGGCAGCGAGCGAAUUAGAUGGAGCGAGAAUGUUCAAACCUUGAAUGAGGCUUUCCAGAACGUUACCGGCGACGUGCUCAUCAGCUCCUCGAUCGUUGCAUACCUCGGUGUUUUCAGCGCAGAGUAUCGCACGACCUACAUUGAAGAAUCAGUUCACUCCGUGAAGGAGAAAGGAAUUCCCUCUUCCAGCAAUAUCGCGCUUGAAAAGAUCCUCGGCAACCCUGUUCAGAUCCGUGACUGGAACAUCGCCGGGUUGCCGAGGGACGCCCUCUCGACCGACAACGCCAUCAUCAUGUCCAAGUCCCGUAGGUGGCCGCUGAUGAUCGACCCGCAAGGACAAGCCAACCGAUGGAUCAGGAACAUGGAGAAGGAGGCGCAGAUCGGGGUUGUGAAGCUCAGCACCCCUAACUUUGUAAGGACCAUCGAGACCUGCGUAGAGUACGGCAGACCAGUCCUCCUGGAGAACGUCGGCGAGUCGCUAGACACAAUCCUAGAGCCCUUGUUGUCCAAGUCCAUUUACAAAUCUGGCGGAUCGUUUGUCAUCAACAUUGGUGACAGCACGGUUGAAUACAACGAUCAAUUCAAACUGUACAUCACCACCAAACUACCGAGCCCUCAUUAUGCUCCAGAAGUUUCGACCAAGGUGGUUCUGAUCAACUUUACCAUAACGCCUGUUGGGCUGCAAGAUCAGCUGCUCGGCAUUACUGUAGAGGUUGAGAGGAGUGAGUUUGAAGCGAAGAGGCAGAUGCUUGUCGUGCAAAAUGCGAGCUACAAGAAGCAAUUAGCUGAGAUUGAAGACAAGAUCUUGAAGAUGCUUUCAGAGGCUGGAGGAGAUAUCCUUGAAGAUGAAGAGCUCAUCAAUACGCUCUCUGCGUCAAAAGUCACCUCCAAUGAAAUCGGCAUUGCGCUGGAAGCAGCUGAAAAGACAGAGGCUGAGAUCAAUCACACGCGAAUGAAAUACGCUCCCUACCCUGAGAGAGGAUCGCAGUUAUUCUUCUGCAUUGCGGAUCUCAGGAACAUCGAGCCCAUGUACCAGUAUUCGCUCGAUUGGUUCAUCAACCUGUUUGUCAACGCGAUGAACGACCCAAGCCCCAAUGCCGAGGUGGAAGAGAGAGUGAACAUCUUGAUCGAGCGCUUCACUCACUCACUGUACAGAAACGUUUGCAGGUCCUUGUUUGAGAAGGACAAGAUCUUGUACUCCUUUCUUGUCUGCACUCGCCUGAUGCUCUUCACCAACAAGAUACAUGUCGAGGAGCUCAGGUUUCUCCUCAGCGGGAUCGGUGGGAUAGUCACUGAGAAGCAGCUAGAGAAACCAGCAGACUGGAUUCCUGACCGAGCAUGGACGGAGCUGCUGCAGUUGUCUUUUCUUGGUCCAUUCAAAAACAUUUCGCACGAGGUCUCUUCUCAUUUGGAGCAAUGGAAGACCAUCUACGACUCCAACGAGCCCUUCGCCCUGCCGAUGCCCGGCUCCGCUGAGUCGCUGAGUCAAUUCCAGAAGCUCUGCAUCAUGCGCUGCCUACGACCUGACAAGGUGGUUCCGAUGAUUACCAACCUCAUCAUCAGUGAGAUGGGUCAGAGAUACGUGGACCCCCCUCAGUUCGAUCUCAAAGCUUGUUACGAGGACUCGAACCCUGUCUCUCCUCUCAUCUUCCUCUUGUCGCCAGGAGCUGAUCCCAACGCCUCCCUCAUCGCCUUCGCCGACUCCUUCGGGGUCAAGCUGGAAAGCUUGUCUCUCGGUCAAGGACAGGGUCCGAUCGCGCAGCGGAUGAUAGACGACGCGAUCGAUGCUGGUACCUGGAUCGUCCUUCAGAAUUGCCACCUGGCGCCCAGCUGGAUGCCCUCGUUGGAGGCCAAGGUGGAGAGCUUCACGGCAGACCGAGCUCACCCUCAGUUCCGCCUGUGGCUGACCAGCUACCCGAGCGACAAGUUUCCUGUCUCCAUCCUGCAGAACGGCGUCAAGAUGACGUUGCAGCCUCCGAGAGGGCUGAGGGCCAACAUGCUCAACACCUACGUCAACCUCGAAGACUCCUUCUUCGACUCGUGCAGCAAACCACGUGAACUGCGUAAGAUGCACUUCGGCCUUGCCUUCUUCCAUGCCCUCCUGCAGGAAAGAAGGAAGUUCGGGCCCCUGGGCUUCAACAUCCCCUACGAGUUCACCGAGAGCGACUUGAAGAUCUGCCAGACCCAGCUCAAGAUGUUCCUCGACGAGUUUGAAAACGUGCCCUGGGAGGCCCUGCGGUACACCGCCGGGGAGACCAACUAUGGAGGGAGAGUCACGGACGCGUUCGACAGGCGGACAACGUCGAAGAUCCUGUUUGACAUCUACAACCCCAACAUCCUUGACGAGAAGUACUCCUUCUCCGAGUCUGGGAAAUACUUGGUCCCGCAAGGCAACCUGUCAGUUGAAGAGCAGCUGGGGUACAUCCGCAACUUCCCCCUGCUGGAGGAGCCGGAAGUCUUCGGGCUACACGAGAACGCCAACAUCACGUACGCCAAGAACGAGACGUACCUGCUGUUCGAGUCUAUGCUCCUCCUGAUGCCCAAGGGCGAGUCGUCCGGGGCAGAGGGAGGUCAGAGCUCCGACUCCUUCCUCGAGCAGAUGGCACAGAGGAUGGAAGAGUCGCUCCCGACCCAGUCAGACCUGUUCAGGUUUGGGCUGCCGUUCCGAGUGGACGAGGUGGCCGAGGUGUACCCCACGGACUACAAGGAGAGCAUGAACACUGUGCUGACGCAGGAGUGCUUGAGGUUCAAUCGAGUGAUCGUAGUGAUACGACACUCCCUGCAGCAGCUCAUCAAGGCCGUCAAGGGCCUGAUCGUCAUGUCCGGGGACCUAGAGGCUGUUGCCAACUCGUUCAUGGUGGGGCAGGUACCGAGUCUGUGGUUGAACGUGUCAUACCCCUCCCUCAAACCUCUGGCAAGCUACUUCGAAGACUUCAUGCACCGCCUGCAGUUUCUGCAGAAGUGGAUCGACGAGGGUCCGCCGCCCGUCUACUGGCUCUCGGGCUUCUACUUCACGCAGUCGUUCCUCACCGGGACCCUGCAGAACUUCGCAAGGAAGCAUCAGCUUGCUAUCGACACGCUGCGAUGGGACUUCAAGACCAUCCUCGUGCGACCCAACGAGAGGGCUGAGGACGGUUGCUACAUCGAUGGCCUCUUCAUUGAUGGGGCAGCAUGGGACUACGAAGAGAACAUCCUGACAGAGCAGUCUCCCAAAGUCUUGUUCGAGCCCAUGCCCGUGGUUCAACUGAUUCCCAUCCUCGUGACGGACUUCAAGCUCAAGGACGGCGACUACCCCAUCCCCCUCUACAAGACAAGCGCGAGGAGAGGAACGCUGUCCACCACAGGUCACAGCACCAACUUCGUGAUGGAGAUGGUGCUGCCCUCCAAGAUGACUGAGGCCCACUGGGUCAAACGAGGAGCUGCGCUCUUGACCCAGCUCGAUGACUGAUGCUGUCAGGUUUCCUGUGUAGAGACAUGCUCAAGCUAAGUUGUCUAUAUUGAACAUACCGAAGUAAAAUAUUCUUUGUUGCACCAUAUCCCAGCUAAGUAUUCUGUGUUGAAACAUAUACAAGUAAAGUUGUCUAUCUGUCGCCUUCACACGUUGGCGAAUGAUGACAUGGAUGAAAACC